CAGACAAGCCUACCGAGUCCUUGUCCUCGGGGCCAAAACAUUCCUCCUUUGAUAUAUUCGCCACAAGCUAGACUCUUCUAGCCGGAAAGAUGCCGUAGAGCCCCUCCAUGAUUGUGGCAGGGUGCAUAGGCUCUUGAUGGCUCUUCAAGAGUCAGCUUUUCCGGAAGACCGUCAUGUUUUCAACACUGCGAUCUGCGUUGUGGCUACUGUCGCUGGCUGCUCUUGCCAGCUGUGACUAUACUUCCAAGCAGAUAGGCACAUGGGACAGACCACGUGCUGCCUUGAUCAGAGACUAUGUAUACUUGGAAGGAGGUAAGAUGCAGACAGGAGCUUGGGAGGAUGGCGCUUGGGAUGUGACAACCGUCACCAUUACACAGGGUGCAUUGUUCAACCUCAGUUUGCACGAGGCGUUUGGCGUAUACGAAGACAGUCCUCCGGCCGUCUUCCAGGCCAUUCCGGAGGCAGCGGUUAACAACUACUACCUCGAUGGAUACAUGUUCGCCAGCUACACCGAAUUCUACGCUUGGGGUGGCAUGACACUCACUUCUCUCAACACCGCACCACGCACAGUUAACGAUCCAUUGUACAACCUGCCCGCUGGCAAAAACGACGACCUCGGAAUCCCAAAUACUGGCUACCAGCCCCAGGACUCAAACUUUCCUGCCGGCGUCACAAAUGGUGCCGGAGCAAAUGCACCAAGCGAAAAUCUUGGGUUCUACUUUGGCGGCUUGUACAAUCAGAAUGGCUCGAAGUACGACUAUUUCGACCCUCCCACAGAUGAAGCAAAUUUCCUCGUCAAGGUGAAAAUGGACGACCUCACCUUUGCGGACUGGUCGAUCAUUGACCCACCAGACAGCCCAACGAUUCCAUGGCGAACGGAAGGCGCUCUCGUCUGGGUUCCUACCAGCUCGCAAGGAAUCCUGAUCGCCAUUGGGGGUGUUGUCAAGCCUGCGGAUGUGAACUUCUACAUAGGCAGGGAUGAGGCAAACACUUCGAUGACUUUCCUGAAGGAGUUUCCUGUGUUUGAUAUCGGCACCAAUACGUGGAGUCUUCAGCCGCUCAACACAGGCUCUCCGUUCCCCGACAAGCCUCUCGCUCAGUUCUGCACAGUUGUGGCUUCGGCGGAGGACGGAUCACAUCAUGAGAUCUUUGUCUACGGAGGCUGGGACAGCAAUAACGACACACACCCCAAUACCGACGUCUGGAUAUUGACAGUGCCGUCCUUCACCUGGAUCAAGGCUGACAGCGUCGGACGCGAAGGCGAUCCCCGGCAAGGCCAUGUCUGUGUGUCUCCAUACCCGGAUCAGAUGAUCGCUAUUGGCGGUACAGACAAGUCAGAGAAUCCACUCACAACCAACAGAAGCGUCGACGUUUAUAACCUCAACACAUUGAAUUGGACGGGCGUCUACGAUCCAGAUGUCCACGAUGACUACAAGCCUCAUCAGACGGUUCUCAACGUCAUCUCUUCAACACCAACGGCCAGCGGUAUGACCUCGGAUAUAGCCAGCUGGUUCGACAACAAAUACGACAUGAGCAAGAUCGAAUUCUUCGGUCCCUACAAGAAACAAACCACUUCAUCCAGCAAUCCCAACAACAGCACUGCCCCUACACCGACUCCUCCACCCCACUCCGAUCGAGGCUGGGUCGUGCCUGUUGCCGCAACCGUCUCGACCGUCGGCGGUCUCGCCCUUCUCGGCUUCCUCUUCUUCAUCUGCUGUCGCAAGCGGAUUGCCGAACGCCGCCGUCAAGACCGUGAGACUUCCGAAGUCAGUGGCCAGCGAAAGAACUUCAUCAUCCCAUGGAUCUUCUCCACCAGCUCCGCUGCAGCCGGAAAGGACGUCGGCUCCGACACCAUCACCGAAGUCGAAACGCAGACCUCUCCUCCUGCGCAGGCGGGACCGCAAGAACUCGAAGGCGGAAGCGACUAUUUCGGGGGCAGACAGCCGCGGUGGUCGUCCUCGACGGCAGUCCGCUCACCACGAGCAGAAUACACCGGCCCCGUCGAGGCGCAGGACACCGGCGUAUCCGUGGUGCACGAAGUUUCCGCUUCGGCUUCACCCAAGACCGAGAAGCCCGACGGAAUCAACUACGAGUUCCGCAACAUGGCCAUGUAUCCACCCAGCGUCGUGAGUGCCGGGCAUGGAAACCUCGCGGCGCCGCAGAGCGCGACCAUCUCGCAGCCCGACUCGGACACGGAGGCAGAGCCUCCUACAUCGCCGCGAACCACGGCGGCAGCGACCAAUACUAGCAGCAUAGGCUCGCCCCGGGGCGGUGUGCCGACGAUACCCGAGGACGGCGUAGGCGUCACCAGCCUCGACCACCAUUCGCGAAUGAGUCCACACGAGCCACCCAUGCUGGGCGCUCUGGAUCCCGUCUCCCCGCUGACGAACAAACAAAAUCGACCGACGCACAACCGGCAUAACUCCAGCGUGAGCAGCGGCGUGUCAAUCCCGUCGCCUGGUAUGGACCAAUCUUCUCCCCUGCCGCCGAGGCCGAGGAGUCUGUCCAUGGAAGGCAUUCUUGACGACGGGGACGGCCAGGGCAAUCGUACAAUGUAAACACGGGCGGCGACGGAAGACUGUUUAAGCGCGCAUCACAAAGUCUGUCACCCUCACUCUUUCAACGUUUUCACGACACUCCUUGCACGGUUGAUUCUUGAUGCCUGAUGAAUUGGGGGUGGGAGGUAUAUGUGAAUGUGACCACGGAACCACUACCAGUAGUACUAUUUGACGAUGGCAAUGCGAAUGUAUCUAAUUU